AUCCUUACUUCCCUCCACAGAUGUUGUCACUGCUUGCAGGAGGUUGAACACUUUGAACCUGCAGUCUUUUUUUUUACUUUAUUAUUCAAAACAAAUAUGUAUGACAAGAGAAAUAGUCAACAAUAAGAAUGCCAAGGGAUGGUACAUGUAUUACAAAAUAAAUGUUACAAAAACAGAUUACUAUGCAUUGAAAAUGUUCAAAAACAGACAGUUUUCAUAAAUAGUGUGCAAAUGAGAUUCUAAUUCUUUAAUUUUUACAGGGGAAAUAGUUGUUAUGAAGAAAAUGUUGAAUUGUGAAUAUGAAACUUACUAAAUAUUGUAAUUAGAUUAAUUGCCAAUUUUAUGUCUGAUUUUAUCUUCGUGUAGGCCAAAUAUGAUGUAUUCAAUCAGAUUUCAUCUGAAAUUGUGAGUCUAAUUUGUACUUUUAACCUGCAGUCAUUCACAAAAAGACACGCGGAGAACUCAGACGCUCUCAGCCAAUCAGGGAGCUCUGAGCCUAACAGCUCCCGCCCCGGAAGAAGACAACCCGAGAGGAAGUGCCAUAGGAAUUCUCACGCGCCUGCGCAGCAGGGCGAGUGUUGUUUGAAGUCAGUUGGAGCCUGGAAGUGCCCUCCGAGUCCCCGAACAGGGUAGUUUGUGGCAGCGGGCGGUGAUGAUGAUGUUGGGCCCGCAGCACCUGAACAUGGAGCGGUCGCAGCAGCUCGUCCGCUACGUGGAGGACUACCUGGAGUGCGUGGAGUCUCUGCCUCUGGACAUACAGAGAAACGUCUCUGUGCUCCGGGAAAUCGACUCCAAGUACCAAGAGGUCCUCAAGGAGGUGGAUGAAGUCUUUGAGAAGUACAAAGACGAGGAGGACGCGGCUCAGAGGAAGCGUCUGCAGAUCCAGCUGCAGAGGGCCCUCAUCAGCAGCCAGGAGCUGGGCGAUGAGAAGAUCCACGUGGUGACCCAGAUGACCGAGCUGGUGGAGAACCGGUCUCGCCAAAUGGAUUCGCACUCCCUGUGCCUGCAAGAGUCCUGUGACGCCGAGCGGCUACCUGUAGAGCGCCGCUCUAGCGUCCAAGAGUCUCCUGCUCCAGAACGUGCCUCCAACCGCCGUCCCCGUCGCCAGCGCAACAGUGAGAGCCGGGAUUCCAGCCUGCCGUCUGCCAACGGAUCUCUGCUAGACGAUCCCCUUGACGAUCCGCCGCUCCCUGCACAGCGAGAAAAGAAGUCAAAGUCUUCCAAGAAGAAGAAGCGCAAGGCCAAACAGGAGCGGGACACGUCACCCGUGGACUUUGCCAUCGACCCCAACGAGCCCACCUACUGCCUGUGCGAACAGGUUUCUUACGGCGAGAUGAUCGGCUGUGACAACGAGCAGUGCCCCAUCGAGUGGUUCCACUUCUCCUGUGUAGGACUCACCUACAAGCCCAAGGGGAAGUGGUACUGCCCAAAAUGUAGAGGAGACAACGAGAAGACCAUGGACAAAAGUCUAGACAAGAACAGAAAAGACCGCAGGUCCAGGUAGUGGCUGGUCUGGAGACUUGAGACGUUCAGGAACGUUUGUCGCUGGAGCACAGCUGUACAGCCAGAGCCCAUACUUUGAACCCUGGGUGGCUGCUGUGAGACACCCCCCACCCCCCCACUCCCAUUUCUUUGUCAUUUGAAUAAUGUGAACGUUUCCUUGAAGAUGCUAACGAGAGCUGGGUUACGUUGUUCAGACACUGGAAGAGAAUGUCGUGUUCAGACUUGAGUUUUUUUGCUUCUUUGGGUCACAUUUCUGUUUUUGGUCAUUAAAACCGAUCACCUGUUUA